AUGGCCAUCCUCGAUGGAUUCCUCACGUCCAUCUCGGGUUUCCUCCGAACAAGGGAUGAUUUGCAAUUGCGGCUCUUCCUCCGAGUCGAACCGCCAUUGCCGGAACAAUUUGUGCAGCUUAGCCAGGAGUUGAAGGCCUCAUAUCGCGACGGCAAGGUCCUCGAGCGUCACUUAACCAAACUCAUUCCGGAAAAUGAGGACGAGUACGGUGAGGAAGGUGACGUCUGGCCUGGAUUUCUGGCAUUCAUGCAAGAGUACCUGGAAUUCUGGCGAGAUGUCAAUUUCGAGGAUCUUCUGGAGACACAUUCUCAAUUGAGCUCUUUGGUCAACUCUUGCAUUACGGCUCUAUCCCACGCCACACAUGGCAUUGUUAUGCUUCCCACCGCCAUUCAGUUAUCGUCUAACCUAGCAAAAUUAGCUAUGAUGCUAGAUAAGCGACCAGAUUUGACGCGACGACUGCGACAGAUGGCUGAUGUUGACCAGGGCGAGGGGAGGAAAACACUGGUCGAGGGAACUGCGGAGUCGAUUCAAAGAGCUUUUACAAUGUGUUUGACCGAAAGAAGUUCGAAUCGGAGUGGUGUAGGGCAAGACGGAAAACCAGAAGGGAAGAAAAUUGGGAUAUACUCAUUUGCGAACAUGGUGCUCAAACUUCUGUUCCAGUGCCACAAAAUAGGAUUGGCAAACCAGCUUUACACAAACAUAUCCUUACAUUCGCCCCCGCUGCAACUUUACCCAGCAAGUCAGCGGGUCACAUACCUCUAUUACCUCGGCCGCUUCCUCUUCGCCAAUAACCACUUCUACCGAGCACAGUUAUGCCUCCAAUCCGCAUACGACCAAUGCCAUGCCCAAUGUGUCAACCAAAGACGCAACAUCCUCAUCUAUCUCAUAUCCGCCAACAUGAUCCUUGGUCGAUUCCCCUCACGUGCGUUUAUGUCACGGCCUGAAUCAAAGGGCCUGUUAGAGAAAUUCGCUCCAAUUUCCAAGGCUAUCCGAAGGGGCGACAUGGUCGCUUUCAAGCAUGCAGUAGGUCGCGAAUCUGGGAAUGAUAAAUGGUUCUUUCAGAAAGGUGUCCUUCUCCCACUUGUCUCGCAUUGCGAAGUCCUAGUCUGGCGUUCCUUGGCUCGACGAGUAUUCCUGCUCACCUACCAAUUCCCUACGGAUCCAAACUCCCGCAAAGCUGCCACCCUCGACAUCAUGGACCUGCUUACGGCAGCGCAAUAUUGCCAGAAGGUCUUAGAGGGGUGGCAGAGGCCAGUGGAUGCGGCGGUCGCUAUGCAAUCCGGUCGAACGCACAUAAAUUCGAUAUUUAUGAAAUUUCCUGAUCUUGUGCCGCCCCCGACAGGGCCAAAAAGACUUGGAGCGCAAGAGGGAAUCAUUUUCGGUAACAAGAUGCCGAAUAUACUGGAAAUUGAGGCUGUGAUUGCUAGUCUUGUGCAGCAGAAUCUAUUACAUGGCUUUAUUAGUUAUAAUCAAGGAAAGUUUGCAAUCUUAGGUGCAAAGCAACGAGGAGGGCCGUUGAAUGCAGGGUUUCCUGGGGUCUGGGAGGCUGUAAAGACGAGAGCUGAAAGAGAAGGGAAGGCCGAGGAAAUCCCAGGAUGGGUUCAGGAAGAAAGAACCGCCCCUAUGGGAGGGGUCAUUAACCUGACUGGAAUCGCCAGGCCUGUGGGAGGAGGUUAA